CAUCAGUUCACAGCCAUUCCCGCAGCCAAACGGACGUACGGAAUUCGCGAGUUCUAGUCAAACCACUCUCGCCUCACAAUGGGACUGCGUAAUUCCAAGUCGAAAAAAAGCUAUGAGGUAGCUUCCGCCGGCGACCUGAAUCAGAAAAAGGCAUCAAUAAACAGUUCUGGCUCAUCUAACGCAAAAAUUGAGGGGUCAACCACUACGGCUGACCCGCCACCACCACCAAGCCCUAUAAUUGAGGAGCCCAAUUUGGGGCCAGAAUGGUUGAAUCAAACACAAUUUGAGGAAUUACUCAGUGCCAAUGUGGAUCAGUUCUCCAAGAUAGUGGGCUUCCGGGUGAAGCCAGCCAUGGCACCGGGAGAAAACUAUGCCACGUUGAUGCUAAGGAUCAGCAUAGAUGUGGAGCUCACUGACAAGAGCACCAAACUGGUCUGCUUCAUGCUGAAGGUUCCGCACAACACCCCCCAAAUGGAACAGAUGUUGGCCAUGGCCAACUUCUUCAAUAGCGAGAAUAAAGUCUACUCGGAUAUAUUGCCAAAAUUGGAGGAACUUUACAAGGCCAAGGGGCUGGACAUCAACUUUGCUCCGAAAGCCUUCAAGCUGGACUCCGAAAAGGAGCCCAAAUUGGCCAACACUGUGCUGAUGAACGAUCUGAGUCAGGAAGGGUUCAAGAACCUAAAUCGCCUGGAGUGCCUCAACUUGGAGCAAACGAAGUUCGCACUGAAUAAACUGGCCCAGUUCCAUGCAGCAUCUGCGAUGAAUGUCCAGGUGAAUGGACCCUAUGCAGAUCAAUUCGUUAAUGGAGUCAUGGGUGGAAACAAGGAUGUACUAAUGGCUUUCUACGAAGGAAUGAUUGCCUCCUUCCGAACGGCUUUCAUGGCCAAUUUGAAGAACUUCAAGAACGGAGAAGAGUUUCGCGAAAAACUGGAAAAGGCAUUUGUUCAGAUUUUCUUGGACUUUGAGCACCUUAUGAAGGCCGAUCCCGAUGAGUUCAACGUACUGAACCAUGGAGAUUGCUGGAUGAACAAUCUCCUGUUCAAGCUGGACUCAAAGGGGGAAGUGCAGGACAUGCUGUUCGUCGACUUCCAGAACCCCAAAUACGGCUCACCCACUCAGGACUUGUUUUACCUCAUCCUUACGUCGGUGCACAUGGACUACAAGCUGGAUUACUUUGAAUACUUCAUCAGGCAUUAUCAUGAGCAGUUGACCAAGCACCUCGAUUUGCUGGGUUUCACCGGCAAGCAGCCAUCUCUCCGGGAACUGCACAUGCUGAUGUACAAACAUGGAAGUUGGGCAGUGUUCCCCUCGAUCAGUGUGCUGCCAAUUGUGCUCUUGGAUCCCAAUGAGUCAGCCACUUUUGAGAAUUUCCUGGGAGACUCCGAAUCCGGCGCCAAGUUUAAGAACCUUCUGUACGCCAACAAACGUUAUCACGGCUACAUUGAAAAAUUGCUGCCCUGGCUGGACAACAAGGGAUUCUUGGAGGCCUACUUCAUUAAUCAGGUGGUUGCGCCUGAAACGCCCUCAUCGGAGCAACCUGACAAUCCCAACCAAAUACUGGACUGGCUAAAUGUCAGCGAUUUUGCAGAAGUCAUUUCAUCCGCCGAACCGAAGUUCGAAAAGAUUGUGGGCGGAUCUUGGUCUUCAGCAACCAAGCCAGGUGACAACUUCGCGUCCAAGCUCUUGAAGAUUGACAUCGAGACCCAACUGAAAGAUAACACUUCCAACACGUUCUCCUACAUCCUGAAAGUGAUGCCACAGGCCACGCCCGACAACUUUACGGACGUUAAUAUGUUUCCCAAGGAAAGGGAAAUGUACCGGAAAUAUAUACCUGCCUUUGAGCAACUCUAUAAGGAUUCAGGCUUGACAGUCACAUUUACUGCCAACUCCUUCGUCCUGAAUAAACCAAUCAAGGAAGAAUAUUUGCUAAUGGAAAAUCUGCUGACCAAAGGCUUCAAAAUGGCAGAUCGCAUGAAAGGUUUGAAUAUGGAGCACACAAAGAGUUCCCUGAAGAAACUGGCCCAAUGGCAUGCUGCUUCCAUUAAGUACAAGGAGCUAAAUGGUGCAUACCCUCCGUUAUAUAACGAUGGAAUCUAUAUUGAACAGACUAGAGAUGUAUUUCAUAACAUGUUUGCCUCGGCCAAAGAAGCUUAUAUUCGGAUAUUCGAAACUUUUGAAGGCGCUGAUGAAUAUUUGCCCAAACUGGAGUGGAUUAUAGAUAACCAUGUGGACCAGGUCAUGGAAGAUGCCAAGAUCAAUGAGCAAGCGUUUAAUGUGCUUAACCAUGGUGAUGCCUGGAUAAACAACAUCAUGUUCCAAUACGACACGGAGGGUCGUCUCAAGGAAACCUAUUUGCUGGAUCAUCAGAAUGCGAAGUACGGCAAUCCAGCGCAGGAUCUUUACUACUUCCUAAUCAGUUCUGCGGAGCUGGACAUCAAGGUCGAUGAGUUUGACAAUCUGAUCCGAUUUUACCACGAAAACUUGGUAGAGCACACGAAAUUGUUGAAAUACAACGGAUUCGUGCCCUCACUAAGUGAACUGCACACCAUAUUGAUAGAGCAUCCGGCAUUCGCUGUCGGCACAGUCAUCAGUACUCUUACUGUUUGCCUAACCGAUGAAGGAUUCAAUCCGGAAUUAUUCUUUGUCGAGACCCCGGAAUCCGAAGCCUUUAGAACCAAACUUCUUGGCAACGAGCGUUACAAAGCCCAUGUGGAAAAGAUUAUGCCUUGGCUCAACAGGAGGGGUCUCCUCGAUCCUUGAAAGAGUUAGCAAAAUUGUGUUAUUAUAUGUGUUAUAUAUGUGGAAAAGUUGAAAAUACACUGUAUACACUGUUAUUUAUAU